CAGUUUUUCAAUCCAGAGACUGACCAUGGGCAUGGACACGCUGAUGCUCACAAUCCUGAUAGCCCUGCCACUCUUGGGAACUGCCAAAGCGAGAUCUGUCGAUGGAGAAACUGUGCAAGCAGUUGACACAUCUGCUGGUGAAGUUCUGGAUGAUGAUUCCUGUCAGGACUGCAAACAAAUUAUAGAGUUGCUGAAGCAUCUGAUGUCUGAUCAGCAGUUCCAGGCCAAGCUGAAGCACUCUCUGGAGAGCCUGUGUGACUCGCUCCCUGGGGAGAUAUCCCAGCUGUGCCGUGAGCAGAUCGAGCAGAACCUCCCCCUGACGCUCAGCUUCCUCAGUAACAUGAUGAAGCCUGAUGAAGUUUGCGCUUACUUGGGAUUAUGUGACCACCAGUUCAGAGGUCAGAUCCAGGACUUCAUGGACCAUAUGCACAAAACCAUCAGGAUGCCCACAUUCAGCAUCUAUGCCACAGUCCCUUGUACACUCUGCACAUAUGUUCUGAAGGUGCUGGAAUGUCUCUUACCCAAAGCACAGACAGAGGCUGUGGUCGCCGGCCUGCUGGGACCGGUGUGUGGUUUGCUUCCUACCCUCAUGCGGGGCCAGUGCACACGGAUGAUUCAGAAAUACGUGCAGCUGCUGAUUGACAUGUUGCUGAACUCUGCAUCCCCCAACUCCAUCUGCACUCUCGUCCAUUUGUGCCAAGGCCUGGAAAAACCAGCCAAAGUCUCUCCAGUGAAAUCCGUUGUCUCCGACUGUGACUCAUGUCUUACUCUGGCCGUUCUAUCUCGUCUGCGUCUCGGCUUCAAUGCCUCUGAGCUCCAAGCUGCUUCCUUCCUACGCACAGUCUGCCAGUCAUAUCCCGGUGUCCUGCAGCAGUGUGAGCCCUUUACUCAGCGCUAUGGAAACCAGCUUCAAGGAAUUCUGGGUAAAGAGGAAGCAGCUCUAGCCAUGUGUGAGAGGGCUAAACUGUGUGCUAGGAAGGAGGAGACUUUUGUUGGUGGUGACCCCUGUUCUAUGGGCCCCAGCUACAGCUGCAGAGACCUGCAGACAGCAGAGAGAUGCAGGGUGGUUUUUUUCUGCCAGAGGACCGUGUGGAACUAGAUGUGAGCUCAAGAUUCUCAUCUGCCUUGCAAAACAUGACAGUUCUGAUAUCAUCCAUCAGUUGUCAUUACGAUCUCAAACAUUUAGACAUGCAUCAGUCUGUUACAGUCCUGAACAAGUACAGAUCCAUUUCUUCCUCUAUAAACACUUGUACAGGGGUUACUGCAGUUACAGGAACCUCAGUGAUGUGGCUGUUGGUUCAUACAAUGCUGUACCAUUCAUGUUUCUUACUAAUAAUUGUAAGUCAUGCACAUUCAAAUGACACAUACUUCAUGGUCCCACUAUAGUCUGUGUUCCACUCGGUUUCUGAUAAAUUCAAAGGAGAACAAGUUUACCUUCUGUGCGGCAGACGUGAACCUCUCACUGGCCCUGUUAUCUCCUCGUAAAACACACAUCAGCUUCUUAAAGGUGGUUUUCUGAAAGAACUUUGACCUUUGCCUCUUCCCCUAGAGACACGACGGUCUUGUUUUACUAAUCUGUACUGCGUGUUUACCAUGAGCUGUGAUCUGUAUUACACAUAACUGCGGUCUCUGCUAGUGCUGGGUAAAUAAGAAAAUGACUGAGUAUGUAAAGAAACAUGUUUUGACUUUUUUUCCAGCCAGUGAGCUGACCGACAUCUGAUUUACACAGGAUUUUUUGGUACUUAUACAAUCACCAUAUAUAGUAAGCAAGACAGAUUAUUUAGAAAUGGCCACACAGGAUUUAUGCAAGUUUUAGAUAAAGUGGCGUUUGAGUUCUAUUACCCACUGGACCCCACUAGAUGAGUGUUGGUCUCCUUCUCUUCCAGUGUUUAAGAUAAAAAAUAAAUAAAUUAAAAAAGCUUCACGUCACCUUGUUCUUCCAAUAUGCUAAUACUCAAUCACUUAUAUUGAUAUAAAGUGGUACAUGAUUGUCAAGUGUGUUAUUAAAUCCAAAAGCCUU